UGUUCUCUCCCCCCUUUAAACGGACUGCCUAUAUGGAUGCUUAAUACUAAUGGCCUACACCCGGUGUUAUAUAUCCUAGGUACCCAGGGUAGGACCAAGUGGUUUGGGAAUGCUGGCCCAAAUAUACCCUGAUGAUUAUGAAAGAGGGAAGGCCAUGGGCAUCGCACUAGGAGGCCUGGCGUUGGGUACGAUCAUUGGCGCCCCCUUCGGUUCACUAAUGUACAAUUUUGUUGGGAAAGCUUCACCAUUCUUAGUGCUGGCUUUUCUCGCGCUGCUAGAUGGAGCUCUACAGCUCAGUAUGCUGCAAUUUGACAAGUUUGUUCCGGGGAGCAUUCCAGCGACAUCUUACUUAAAACUUCUCAAGGACCCUUACAUUCUAGUGGCUGCAGGUUCUUUUUGCAUUGACUAUAUGACAUUUGGAGUUAUUGCACCUACCCUGCCCAUAUGGAUGUUGGAAACGAUGUGCUCGUCUGACUGGGAAUUAGGUUUUGUUUUCCUACCUGGUGGCAUUUUGUACCUCCUAUGUACCAACCUGUUUGGCAUUCUGGCAUACAAGAUGGGGAGGUGGCUGUGUGCUUUUGUCGGGAUGUUAAUCACAGGAGUUGUUUUUAUAUUGGUUCCACUAGCUUCCAAUCUGUUUGGUCUUAUCUGUCUUGUGACUGCCAUUGGCUUUGCCGUUGGAAUGGUUGAUGCAUCCAUCAUGCCUAUCAUGGGACAACUGGUAGAUCUACGUCAUACAUCUGUGUAUGGUGGAGUAUACGCCAUUUCAGAGGGAGCUGUAUGCAUUGGAUAUGCAUUGGACAUGGUCACGAAGGUCAAAAAUGGCUUGGUCUUGAAAGGUUUAAUGGACAGUCAGAAGCUACUGCCGAGCCAAGAUGUGGAAGAGAGAUCCGCUGCUUCCUCCAGUAGGCGGGCAAGUAGCGAUGAUGAGAUUUGCGUGGGAGCUCGUGUUGUAAGCAUUCAGACAUGCGGCCCUGAGACUGGUAAGGGUGACAUCAGUGAUGUUGAUUUGCAGACAGUAGUGGAUAAUGUAGCUAAUCACAUGUGGGAGUCAGGUGAGGAGAAGGGCAUCAUCAUCAGGGAAUGA